CACGAUUCAUAGAAGUCAAUUGGAUUAGGCGAGUAUUUAUAAGAGUCUGAGACCCGUUGACAGAGCGAGGCUCACGAGCUCCAAAACCCUAGAAACGAUGGCGAAGUUGUUGUUAUUUAUGACUUUAGUUUCAUUGCUCCCAUUGCUUGGCAGCUCUUUCUCUACUGAAAGCCCCACGGAUCGACGUAUUCUCGUACUUUUGGAUGACUUCGGGAUCAAAUCCUCGCAUUCGAUUUUUUUCAAGACUCUGCAAACUCGAGGUUUUGAACUUGAUUUCAAGCUCGCAGACGAUCCCAAGCUUACCUUACAGCGAUACGGACAGUACUUGUAUGAUGGAUUAAUUCUAUUUUCUCCGACGAUCGAGCGUUUCGGGGGAACUUUGGACUUGGCUACUGUACUGGAUUUCGUUGAUUCGGGCCGUGAUUUGAUCGUUGCUGCCGAUGCUUCUGCCUCCGAUUUGAUUCGGGAUAUUGCCACUGAAUGUGGAGUUGAAUUUGACGAGGAUCCUGCAGCCGUGGUUAUUGACCACACCAGCUAUGCAGUUUCAGAAAUUGAAGGAGAUCAUACUUUGAUUGCCAGUGAUGAUUUCAUUCAAUCUGAUGCCAUUCUGGGCAGCAAGAUUAUAGAGACCCCUGUCUUGUUUCAAGGAGUUGGUCAUACAUUAAAUCCUGCCAAUAGCCUGGUAUUGAAAGUUCUAUCAGCUUCACCAUCCGCAUAUUCUGCUAAUCUAAAAAGCAAGUUGUCAACUCCUCCAUCACUUACAGGAUCUGCGAUCUCUUUAGUUUCAGUUGUCCAGGCAAGAAAUAAUGCUCGUAUAUUGAUCUCUGGGUCUUUAGCCCUCUUCAGCAAUCGAUUUUUUAGAUCAGGUGUUCAGAAGGCUGGAAGUUCAAUCAAAUUUGAGAAAUCAGGGAAUGAGCAGUUUGUUACUGAACUCAGUAAAUGGAUGUUCCAUGAAAGGGGUCAUCUCAAGGCAGUGAAUAUUAGGCACCAAAAAGUUGGGGAAACAGGUGAACCAGCAAUCUACAGGAUUAAUGAUGACCUGGAGUACUCUGUGGAGAUCUAUGAGUGGUCUGGAUCCAGCUGGGAACCAUAUAUGGCCAAUGAUGUCCAAGUGCAAUUCUACAUGAUGAGCCCCUAUGUGUUGAAAACUUUAUCAACUGAUGGGAAGGGUCGCUAUUUUACUUCGUUCAAGGUACCGGAUGUUUAUGGAGUUUUCCAAUUCAAGGUUGAAUACCAGAGGCUUGGAUAUACAAGCUUAUCUCUUUCGAAGCAGAUUCCAGUACGACCCUUCAGACACAAUGAGUAUGACAGAUUUAUAACAACAGCUUUUCCUUAUUAUGGAGCUUCAUUUUCAACGAUGGCAGGCUUCUUCAUCUUCAGCAUUGUCUACCUGUACAACAAAUAGCUAAGGCCAUUCGCAUUCGAGUGAACUUUUGGUUGAGAAUACAGAAAUUCUUAUAUUAUAAAGUUUUGACUAAGCAGGUUAAUCACACAAUUGUUUACAAAUUUUAUUUACAAAGAGGUAGUUAUAGUCAAA